AUGGUAGACGCGGCAGAAUACAAGGAACGCAGUUACAAGGACAAGCAGACUGGAGAGAUCAUGCGGUGCCCGUCAUGCAGCGAGCCCAACUGUUGGUCUUCGAACUUCUUCACCUCGUGGCAAAACGGGACCAUGGACUAUGACCUCGUCGUCAGCAUCUUCAACAGCAGCCACACUCCGGACUUCUCAGACGUGCUGGGCCUUUACAAACCCUCAAAGGAUGACCUCCAGAGCUACUCGGUUCCUCCCAAGGAGUUUCUGCGGACCUGCAGCUACGACCGGCGUCCUUGUUCUUAUAAUAAUGAAGCCAUUUUCGGCGAUUUCCUCAGGCUGUUCUAUUCGUGGAACAGCGACCAGUACGGCAAGUGCCACACCUUCAACUCCGCCUUCAGGAGAAUCGAACUCAAGAACGGCAAGGUAUUCAACGCUAUUCCGUGGAAGACCUCGUCUGUCGGGCCGAGAAACGGCAUGCGACUCACUCUCAGCAUCAUGACGAGGAACUACCUGACGCUGCUCUCCCCGAAACUCGGCGCCAAGAUCAUCGUCCACUCCCCUCGCCACAUCCCCUUCCCGGAGGACGAGGGGUUCAACAUAUCUCCCGGCAUCAGCGUCUCCGUUGCUGUCAAGACGAAAAGGAUCGAGCGCGUGGGCCAGCCAUGGGGAACCUGCGAAUCCAGCAAGGACACACAGAAAGAAUAUUCCUCCCUGCAAUGCAAGAAGCUUUGCCAAGAGAAAGAGUUCUGGAAAGUAUGUGGCUGUUACGUGGGUGAAAGUCCUGCCUACGGGGACGUGUCCAAGCUCAGGCCGGCAAACCAGUGUUCCCCCUUCAAUGUGACUCAGAGUAGGCAAUCCGAGACGGUCUACAGCACGCAAGUGACGUCCAGCGAAGAGAACAAGGGGUUCUACACCAUCGUGCAGAAUAUCAAGAGAGCUGACAUGGGGGACGACCUUUGCUCAGGGUCGGAGAAUGAAACAGUGAGAGUGCAUUUAUACCUGGAAUCCCUUAAUUAUGAAGUUAUAAGGGAGAGUCCGGCUUACACGUGGGACACCCUGAUCUGCAACAUGGGCGGCAACCUCGGCCUCUUCAUCGGCAUGUCUCUCGUGACGCUGGUGGAGCUGCUCGAGUUCCUGAUCGACAUCGGGAUCCUGUGCUUCUCCGGCCGCAAGAAGACGCGACCGGAGGCGAAGCGGGUGGAGGUCAAGCCGGCCAGUACCCGCCCGCCGCCGCCGCCCGCUCAAGCGCCGGGCCUUCCUCCCGUUUCUCCUCCGCCUGAAUUUACUGAAUGCAGCACACAGACCCACGUGAGCCUGCAGCCCUUCAGCAAGGACAAGACCUGGAAGCGCCGCGCCCUGGGAGGCAAUGACGGAGCGGGAAAAGCCUUCAACCGCAUAUUCAUGAGCCAAUAG